AGGUUGAUCCUCCGUAUAGUGUGUGAUGACAGCAGCGCUCUGUACAAGCUGAACUAUCAGUUCGGUGCGUCCCUGCACGACACACGACACCUGCUCACCGUCGCCCGCCAGCUGAACCUUGACGUCAUCGGGGUCAGCUUCCACGUCGGCGGCGGUUGCCCCGAGGUCGACGCAUGGAGCGUCGCCAUUAGCAACGCCAAACGCGUCUUCGAAGAGGGCGCUGAGAUCGGCUUUUCCUUCUCGCUGCUGGACAUUGGUGGAGGUUUUCCCGGCGAGCCGACAGCACACAUACAUUUCGACGACAUCUGUGACGCUGUGAGCGUUGCACUGGAGGAACAUUUUCCUGCCGACAGUCGUGUGCGUGUGAUCGCCGAACCAGGACGCUACAUGGUCGGCUCAGCUCUGACUUUGGUCGUCAACGUCAUUGCCAAGCGUACUGUGUUUUGCGGCAACGAUGAGACGGGAACUAAGGAAGCAGAGAACAUGCUCUACGUGAACGACGGAGUCUUCGGUUCGUUCUUUAUCAGGAAGUUGUACAACGAUGUACCCUUUCCUACAUUGCUAGAGGCGGUGGAAGACGAGGGUAAGGAGAAGUGCCGUACCAGCAUCUGGGGACCCACGUGCGCAGGACUCGACUGCAUCCUGGCCGACGUCAUGAUGCCGGACGUAGACGUCGGCAGCUGGCUCGCCUUCGAGAACAUGGGAGCCUAUGGCGUUGUGGUCGCACCGGGUUUCAACGGAUUCCCGAAGCCUUCCCUCUACCUCGCCUCGGAUCCAGAAAAACCCAGGCGUCUCUCUGAAGUCGUAAAGAAAGAAAAGGAAGAAAAAGAGAAAGAAGAAAGAGGAACAGCAGUUCAGGAACAUCCUAGUCAUUGA